UGCUUAGGUACGGAUGUUGCACCUUUCUUAGGGAAUAUCUCAUUGGGAACCUGGUCGCCCAUCCGUGUUCAAGUACACGUAAAGUAGUUACGUUCUUUUAACCUAAGGUUAGUCUAGUCAGUACUUGGAUUCUCCACCCCGAGGACGACCAGAACAGUGACAUUCUGUUCUGUAGGAAUUGGCUCCAGGCUGGCGGAGAUCACGAGCCGGGCCGUUGGAAGCAGUCACGAUAACACCGAGUCUACUAUCACACAACUGUCAGAAAUCACAUGCACCAUGGCCCUUGACACAGCUCGUCACGUUCGCUACUUUCAGCGAUGCUACGCAUCCAUCCUACCACACCAUUACACCGCCAACGAUAGCAACAGGCUGUCGCUUGGCUACCUCAUUGUUGCAGCUUUGGAUUUGCUUUCAUCGCCCUCGUCUCAUACCUCACCAUCUGCCACAAAGCCAGCUUCAUCCUCACUCCUGCCGGCAAACGACAAGCCCCAAAUACGCAAGUGGGUCUUGUCGCUGCGGCACCCAUCAGGUGGCUUUUGUGGUAGUCCGCAACAUGUCUUUCCCGAGGUCUUCACCACAGGGCUUGUCAGCAAAACGACCCUUCCCACGCCCAAUCAUACAGAAAAUGCCAAUGUGGCUGCAACGUACUUUGCUUUGAUGCUUCUUGGUAUCUUAGCUGGUGAUUCGGAUGAGGAUGCGAAAGCCAUCUAUCUGGGUGUUGACAGAGUUGCGACUCUGGAAUGGCUCAAGAAGCUGCAGAGACCCGAUGGUAGCUUCGGUGAGAUUGUCAAAGAAGACGGCUCCAUUGGUGGUGGGAGAGAUAUGCGGUAUGCGUACAUGGCUUCAGCCAUCCGCUGGGUUUUGGGUGGAAACGCGGGUGACGGCUCGCUCGAUUUUGACGUCGACAAUCUUGUAAGCCACAUCCGACGCAGUCAGUCAUUUGAUGGAGGUAUUGCAGAAAGCGCCAUGGGCGAGAGCCACGCCGGGUAUGCUUACUGCGCUGUGGCAGCAUUGUCGCUUCUAGACUUGGCUGCAGAAGACGGAGAGAGGCCAUAUCGCUACAUACUGGCCGGAAUUCCCGAUAUAUCGGCACUGGUCCACUAUCUUGUGUCUCGACAAUUCGCUUUCGCCGGACAGAACGAGGAUGAGGACGACGUGGAAAACGUCACGGCCGAUGAUACGCCAAUCUCGGAUUUGGCUACGCUUAGUCUUGAUGACCUUUCCAUCACUGGCUUCAGCGGCCGGCUCAAUAAGGUUCCCGAUACAUGCUACACCUGGUGGGUGACAGGAGCUCUAAGAUUGCUUGGUGGAGCAUUUCCGGGGCCUACAACUGUGCAUAGUGCAUCAGGAAGGGAGUUUCUGCUUCAGAAGACACAGCAUGUUAUCGGCGGGUUUGGAAAGCAUGCGGGUAAGCCGCCGGAUGUUUUGCACUCGUAUCUGGGCUUGGCCGCGUUGGCUACCAUGGCAGGCGAAGAACAGGAAGCAGGACUGGGUCUCUUCGAUUUUAGACUAUGUAUUGGACGGGAAGCCGCAAACAGGGUGAAGCAAGGGAGAAACCACGUGCUUGAAAGGGCUGCAGAGGCAGAGGCAGAGGCGGACGAAUAGCAUGGUAACCCACUCGAAUCUGGCGGUCUCAAGCUUCAACCCAGCUGAGUGAACAUAUCCAACUUGUUCGUAAUAAAACAUCCAUCGGUACGAAAGCUAGGUUUUACUUGCGAAGAUACAUAGCGUCUCUAUAAACAGACACAGAUUGAUGCUACGAAGCAGUGGCUCAGCAUCCUGUUCAAGCAUUUAGAAAAUUGCUUAGAUCACGACUCUACAUGCAAUUUCCCGGUUUUUUUUUUUUUUUU